UGUGAGCAGGCAUUGCCGAACAGCUCAGGGCUGUUACUGCCCCUGAGCUCCCCACUAGCUGGUGCAGCAAAUAAGCAGGCCUGGAAGAGAAAUUCUGAGUGAAAUAGAACCCCUAUGCACUUUGCAGCUGGCUCCAUCCAUCCCACCCUAUCACUUGGUGGUGGUGCUGGCUGCACAGCAGCACUGUGAAUUCCGCUUGUGCUGGAGCUAUUCUGGCUGGGUUGCCAGGACAGCCCACAGCAUGGGGGACGGACUUCUUCUCUGCCUCUUGCUGGUCUUGUACAAACUUGGGGCACCUUCCUGGUGCUGUGCAGCCACACAGAUCGCUCCUCUGCGUGACUCAUCAACGUCUGCAUCACAUGCAAACGAGGAUAAAGCAUCUGCGGUGCGCUGAGCUCUGGCAAUCGGAGGAGUUCCACUGAGGGAUGGUUGGUGUGAACUCAUCGAGGGAGCAGCCCCAGCAUGGCUGUGAAUGGGACAGACGUCUGCCAGGAGGUGGGAAGAGCCCUGGAGAAGGGCUACCUCUCCACCAUGUAUAGCUUGGAGUUCGCUUUGGGUGCCAUUGGGAACAGCAUUGUUGUGCUUGGUUAUAUCUUCUGCCUGAAGGAGUGGAAAAGUGGCAAUAUUUACCUGUUUAACUUGUCACUGUCAGAUUUGCUGUUCCUGUGCACUUUACCGGUCCUGGUGAGCAGCUACUCCCAAGGCCGAUGGAUAAGUUCGAGCAUCCUGUGCCACAGCAACAGGUUCCUGCUGCACGUCAACCUCUACACCAGCAUCCUCUUCCUUACUGUUAUCAGCAUCGACCGGUACAUGCUCAUGAGAUACCCUUUCAGAGAUCACGCACUGCAGAAGAGGAAGACAGCCUUCAUUGUGUGCAUUGCUGUUUGGGUCCUGGUGAUACUGGAGCUGUUGCCGCUGACCUUCUUCCUGGAGACGGUGUCACCAGCCAAUAACUUCACGUGCCUCGACUACGCGAGUUCUGGGGACCCGGAGAAAAGCCUCAUCUACAGUCUGCUCCUGACGCUCUUUGGGUUCCUCAUCCCCCUUGCCAUAAUGUGCUUCUUCUACGUGAAGAUGCUGCUUUUUCUGAAGACCUGGAAGGAGAUGAGCAGCUCUGUCCUGGCUCUUGAGAGGCCACUCACCCUGGUGGUGCUGGCUGUCACCACCUUCUCGCUGCUCUUCACCCCAUACCAUGUGAUGCGCAAUGUCCGCCUCGCCUCCCGUAUCCCAGCCCUCAACGUGCCCGUGUGCACCCAGAGCACCAUCAACACUGCCUACAUCAUCACCCGGCCCAUCGCCUUCCUCAACAGUGCCAUCAACCCUGUGUUCUACUUCCUCAUGGGGGACAACUUCCGAGAGAUGCUGAUGGCAAAAGUAGUGCAGGUUUUGGGCAGGCUGAAAAGCGCAGACAAAUGAACUGCUGGAGAGAGCUCUGGCAAUGGAACUGGGGGAAAGCUGUGUGGGAGAACACCAGCAGCAUGCAAUGCUUUACUCUUUAGAUAGCUUUGUUCAGGCAACAGAACACACAGGAGCUGAGUGUGUCACUGAAAGUGCCUGUUGCCGAUUUGUCUCCAGCAGGACAGAGGUAGGGUCAGCGGGCAGCCUGACACCACACCCAGCAUAGGGUAUGCUGUGCUCUGUUGAGAUUGCAAAUAAAAUAUCGCUGUGACAU